UGCUACGCGGAAAAGACGGACUGAAGUGUAUUCAAGCACUUGUGUAUUUCGUGUUCAGAGUUUGUGUGGAAAGAAACUGCUUGGAAUUAUGUAAAGGAGAAGGUUUUAAAAUACAUGUAGAAAGACAAUGUCCCAAUACUGCGAUACGUCAUUGAUCGAAUCUUUUCAUACGACAGAAUUUAAAUCGAUAGAAGAGAAUCUCACCGAUUGUAGCUAUCGGUCUCAAAUUACUAUUCUUUGCUAAGCCUCAUAAAUGAAAACACAAGUGCUUCAACCGGGUCUUAAGUACCUGCAACGGAUAGGACUGUGGGGCGAGAGACCCCGCCCCGUCUAUUGGUAUUACGCUGGCAUCGCCAGUGAGAUCAUUUUCUUGUUUCUACCAAUGAUCGCGUUUGGUGCCGGAGAGGAAGGAUUCGAUUCGUUCGCCUGUUAUUUGGCCCAACUUAUUUUUCUCGGCGAAGUUGUAGUGUCGUUUCUACUGUUUAACAGCCAAGCGCGUUCGUUCGAAAAAAUGGUUGCCAUUUUAGGAGAAAUUGUAGAGCGCCUUGACAGAAAAGACACUCAAGAUGGGAUUCGUAAGUUUAUUAAAAACUCGGAGAAAUUCGGCAGAAAGUACAACGUGUACGUUUGGCUUAUGUUAGGCACUUAUUUCAACGUUCCAUUAAUUUGCACUUUAGUUACCUUUCUAUCAAAAUCUGAAAGUGAAAGAGGCGACUUCUCCCGGCUAAUGAUGAUGAAAUUCUACUGGCUAGACACUCGGCGUAAUAUAGUACACUACGGGAUUUACUGGACUCUGCUCUACGUGGCAUGUAUAUUUUCUUCUUAUCAAAGUGUACUAAAAGUGACGGUGGUUUCAACGAUCAUAGAAUAUGGUUCAAUGAUGUUUGAGUUUAUUUCUCAGAAGAUUAAAAAUCUACAAAAGCUAGCGAACGAUAAUGAACGGCGUCAAGGGCUGCGAGAGGUUAUAGAAAUUCACCAACGGACGCUGGAAUAUGCUGCACUCUUGGAAAGUUCGGUUUCUCUCUCCUUACUAAAUUUGCUAUCAUGUUGCAUGUUAAUGUUAUGUUUAAUGAUGUACUAUCUUUCAAAGAGCUUUGGACCCAACGCACUCAGUAUUACAAUAUUGUUCACAUUUUCCAUGCUUGAAAUGGCAUAUUUUUGCUUUAGCGGAAACAAACUAAGCGAUAAGGCCGCCGAGGUAGGAGAGAUCAUGUAUGCCUACGCUUGGUAUCUGGAGCCAGUGGAUAUACAAAAGGAUAUACAAUUUGUAAUCGCCCGUUCGCAACGGUUAACUGGAAUUACCGCAGCAAAGUUUUACUCUGUCAACAGAGAGAGAUUCGCCAUUGUAAUACAGACAUCCUAUUCGUAUUAUUUGAUAUUAAAAAGUACUUUCUAGGAUGAAGCGAUAAU